AUGAUGGAUGCAACGUCAGAAUCAGAGAGAAACAGCUUAGACCUAUCGAUCUCAUCACCAAAACAAGCUUACUACGUUGAGAGCCCCUCAAGCGUGUCCCAAGUAUACGACGGUGACAAAUCCUCUUCCUCUGCCUCCCUCAUUCAGAUUCAAACCCCAAACUACACCAUCCUCACAGAGUCACGUCUCUCUUCUUCAAGCCGCACAUCCAAUGGCACAAGCGGUGUUGGAUUCCGGUGGAAAGGAAGCUCCCGGAGGAGAGACCUGUACUGGCUUGAGAGGCCUUACACGAUCGACGAAGAGGAGGAAUUUAACGAAGAGAACAGAGGAUUGUCUGUUGGACAGUGCAGAGCCGUUAUGGUUGUUUUAGGGAUUGUUGUUCUCUUCUCUGUUUUUUGCUCUGUUCUGUGGGGAGCUUCUCAUCCUUUCUCACCUGUCGUCUCUGUCAAGAGCUUUAACCUCCAUAGCUUUUAUUACGGAGAAGGAAUAGACAGAACAGGAGUCGCCACCAAGAUUCUUACCUUUAACAGCUCAGUGAAAGUGAUGAUAGACAGUCCUGCUCCUUACUUUGGCAUCCAUGUCUCUUCUUCUAACUUCAAUCUCACUUUCUCUGCUCUCACUCUCGCCACUGGUCAGGUAAAUUCACUCACUGCUGCUCCUAUGUUACAUCAUCAUCAAAAUCUGAUCUUUUCAAGUUUUGUGUUUGUGAAGCUUAAGAGUUAUUACCAACCAAGAAAGAGCAAACACACAGCCAUUGUGAAGCUCAUAGGCGCAGAGGUUCCUCUCUAUGGAGCAGGACCAAACUUAGCUGCUUCAGACAAGAAAGGAAGAGUUCCAGUGAAGCUGGAGUUUGAGAUCAGAUCACAAGGGAAUCUUUUGGGGAAGCUUGUCAAGUCUAAGCACUUGAAUCACAUCUCUUGCUCUUUCUUCAUCUCCUCCAAAACCUCCAAACCAAUAGAAUUCACUCACAAGACCUGUAAAUUCACUACCAAGUGA